AACAGAGCUUACCGGUAGUAACAAACAAUAUAGAGAGAAAGAAGUGUGAGAGCUACAAGUUUGAAGAAAUCGAGUAGAGAGAGAGACAGAUCUAGAUUCUUCUUCUUCUUCGUCUUCUUCGUCAACCUCUAGAAGACUCGUGUAGGUUAUUGUGAUGGAAGCUGUGAAGGAAGCUGUGAGGAAGAUUAAGUCCUUAGUCAUACCACAUGCAGAUGAGAAAGAUAAUGGUAUUGUUUUUGAGAUCAAGCUUAAUGAGACAGAUCAGAGAGUAGAAAAGUGGGGUCUUGAUCCUUCUUUGGAUUUUUUCGAGGUAACAGGGAACUGUAAUUUGGGACGUCCAAAUAGCGAGGGAUCUAAUCAGUCUCUCAUGGGUUCUGUGACCAUUAGGAACAUCUUUAAUCCUAAGCUGGAUGAUCUUUUGUCUAAGAUUGAGUAUGUACGGUUUCUGGAAGCUGUUAAAAAACCUAGAAACCGUACCUUCAAAACGAGCUUCUUCAAUAGCAGAAAACUUAGCCCAGUGUUCACUGGAGGACCAGGCUAUGAGGAUCUAGUGCCUCCAAUGUUUGUGGGUCGAGAUUGUCUUAAAGCUACUAUAACUGAGAACUUAACCCGUCAGAGAGAACUCACAUAUGGAGUUAUGUUUGAAGAGAUAAUAACCCGAGAUGAAAACAGGCGAAUCUCUGAAAAUGGGCUCUUGUUAUCGCCUGACGGUGGAAUCAGUAUUAAUGGACCUCCAACAACUCUAAGUGGUACCGGUAUUGACCACAUUGCCACUCUACAAGCCAACAUAACCCGAGACAACACCAAGCUAGUGAAUGGGGCUGUUGUUGGAGAGAAGAAUAUCUUUCAGGUGGAUCAAGGCUUAGGUAUAGGAAAUAAUUUUCCGCUCUUCAACCGCCACCAACUAUCAUUAACAAGUUUCAUUCAGCUGAAGCAAGUAGAAGAAGGAUCCGAUAAACCACAACCACCAGUUCUAGUCCUCCAUGGUCGUUACGGUGGCUGCAUAGGCGAUCUUCCAAGCUAUGAUGUUUUUGCUCUUGGUGGACCUAACUCCGUUCGAGGAUACAGCAUGGGAGAACUUGGUGCAGCUAAAAACAUUCUCGAGCUUGGUGCUGAGAUUAGAAUUCCUGUCAAGAACACACAUGUGUAUGCAUUUGCUGAGCAUGGAAACGAUUUGGGAAGUUCAAAGGAUGUGAAAGGGAAUCCAACAGGGCUUUACAGGAAAAUGGGACAUGGUUCAUCGUAUGGUUUGGGUGUGAAACUCGGUAUGGUGCGAGCUGAAUAUACUGUACGUCACAAUCGUGGAACCGGUGCUCUGUUUCUCAGGUUCGGGGAGAGAUACUAAGGUCAUGCCAUGAAGACUUUGUGCUGCUUUCUUUCUUAACUCUAAUACUUUGGUUUAUAAUCCUGAUACUCUAGUUAUGUAAAUGCGUGCAUAGCAAGUCAUUGAGUUUAGGCAUUUGUUUAAAGCGAUAGAAGAGAAUAAGAACAAGCCGUUUCAUGUCUCUCGUCACGACAGUAAAUGUUUAGUUAGAUUUGUUUUUGACUUUGAAGAAGUCUGUUCACUGUAGACGUAGAACACGUACUACAUUUACUCAUGCCCUCUCUAUUAACUUGUUGAUUACGCAAAACGACUUUUCCGACACUUAUGACCUAGUCCUUAUUGGUCCACUC